AUGUCGGGCGCAAACUCGUGGUUGGCGAGGCAGCGGAAGAGCGACCUCGUCGAGAUUGCCGAGCUGACCGGACUUACUGGUCAGAUUCGAGCUAUGGGUGCGCUGUUGUCGCGUCGGUUGCGACUGACGUCAAAGCUGAUUGAAGCGCAUCGAGCUAAAAAGGCCGACUUGGAAGUCACCCUCGAUGAAUACCUCGCCGAGAACACGAUCCAGUUCUCCCAAAACCCCAAGCUUGCAGGCUACUACACCAGUCGCUCCAAGGCUGCCGGCUCACCCGUCAAGAGGGAGGCUCCCUUGACCGAUCUCGUCAAGUCCACGCGCCGCAGGGCGACGAGAGCCAUCGAGGAGCUCCAGCCCGAGCCCGAGCCAGAAAGAGCCGAAUCCUCAAGCCCGGAGCCUGCCUUCUCCACCGCACUGGCGAUGCGAACUCCCGCCCGCAACCUCUCUCUUGCGAGCCGCAUUCCUCUGCCCGCGACGCCCGCUGAUGUUGCUGAGGCCGUCGACCGUCACACUGUCGCUCUGCGCGAGCGCGCGACGGAACUCUACGACCAGUCUGGCAUCCAGGAGGGCACCCAAGCUGUGCGCUCCUCCCUGUCAACCGUCACGUCGGUGCUGUUCACCGUGGCCGCGUUCGAGGCGUGGAACUUGAGAGCAGAGGUCUUGCCCCUCCGCUACGCCUUCACCAUCCCCGCGAUCCCGGCCCUGGGCACCAACUUCUACCCCGUUUACGUACCUGACGCGUUCUUGUUCGUGACCUCGUCCUUCUGGUCGCCUGUCACGCUUUGGACCCUCACUUCUGUCCUUAUUCCCUCCUUAUUUGGGUACUUCUACAAUCUGAGCGCGGCGAGCCAUCCCCAGCCUCGCGGCCGCAAGUCGUCGACCGUUGAGUACAACGUCGACCCCUUGGUCUUCAGCAUCGUCAAGGCUCUGAUCUCGUUCGUUGUUUACGCCCAAAAGGUCAACUUUGGCGGCUGGAUCAACGAAAACUCGAUCGGCCGCAUCAAUGGUGCUCUGUAUGGAGAGUGGAAGGGCAUCUUGACUGGGGCUGCCAUCACCGGGCUUCUCCUCGAGCACAUGGGACUCCUUCCAGCAGUCCGCGGCGCACAAGGGGAAGAAAUACACGGAAGCUUCGCAAUCGUACUGUUUGAACCCUCGCAUUGCGCUAAAUCAGGCGCUUUGCUUCUUUCUUUCUCGUCACUCAAUGGCGGCGUUCUGGGCGUUCCAUCGGCGUCACACGUGGCUCUUUUGGCUGAUACCUUUUUCAAAUUUGCGAGUGAGAUGCUCAUGACGAUGGCCAACAUCGCCUCUGGUUUCCGGAGAACACAGGCCCCUUGGACUGGUUCGGCAGAUUUCUUGCUAGAGCGGUGGCCUUCGUUCAGGAGACUGGGCGCGACUUGUCCGGUUAUUGUUCUUCGGUCAUGGGUAUUGGUGGAUGGGCGGCAGAGUUUCCCUCUUGGCGAAACGCAUGUCGACAGAUUCUUACACCUUGGAUCUGGGAGGGAGGGCGCUAAGACUGCUCUGGGUGUUUUGCCCUUGUGGAAGGCUCUGAUCAUAGUGCCCAGAGCCGACCUCUGCCUUGGUCCGUUCCUACGUGUUAGAGCAACUGACUACUCGAUAUCAUGGAGGGUAGGCAGUCUUCACCUGCUGACUACCAACCUAGUACUGCCCAAGGGAGCAUGGAUUUCUGCGCGACUGCACCACAGCAAAACCACAGCAAAACCACAGCAAAACCACCUAAAAAUGUUCCGCUUUGAUGACGGGCAUGCUCCCCCACGCGCUUACAUAAGGCACCGAGAAAAGAGGCGAAAACCAUCAACGCUCGUCGACAACGUCAACCAUCUUUCCCGAAAAGAGAGCCCCCCCGACCGUCUGCCUUUGAAAGUCGUCCUCCGCCGGCCGCCCCUCCCCGCGAUAAACCCUCUCCACUCCUCACCAACUCAGUUUCUCCCGAAGAGGAAUCGAACCAACUCGGAUCACCAAGAUGCUUUCCUCCACGAGGACAGCGGCCUCAUUGGCCCUGCGAGGAACCGGGACCGCAAUCACCACACCAUCAAUCUCCCUUCGCGGGCUAUCCAAUUGCGCGGCUACCCGGACGAUAUCCCACGAGACCCUGUCAUCAAUCGCCAAGGAGACAAUGGAUCGAAGCCCACCGCGUCCAUCACCCCCUUCAGAAUCGCCGCCGCCUCGAUCUCCUCCUCGUCACGAAAGGACGCCAGCCCCGCCGCUGCGCACUCGACCGGCCUCAUCAAGAAGGAGCGCAAGGAAGUGCCCCUGGUUAGCCAGGAGGGCACCAAGGGUGUUUUGCAAUAUGCUCUGUACGGCCCCCUCACCUCCCUCGACGUAAUAACGAACUGGGCUCGUCAGUCCUCCCUCUGGCCCAUGACCUUCGGUCUCGCCUGCUGCGCCGUCGAGAUGAUGCACCUCUCCACCCCCCGCUACGAUCAGGAUCGUCUCGGAAUCAUUUUCCGUGCCUCCCCCCGCCAGUCCGACGUGAUGAUCGUCGCCGGCACCCUCACCAACAAGAUGGCCCCCGCCCUGCGCCAAGUCUACGACCAGAUGCCCGAGCCCCGCUGGGUCAUCUCCAUGGGCUCCUGCGCCAACGGCGGCGGCUACUACCACUACUCGUACUCCGUCGUCCGUGGCUGCGACCGCGUCGUCCCCGUCGACGUCUAUGUCCCCGGCUGCCCCCCGACCUCCGAGGCCCUCAUGUACGGCAUCUUCCAGCUUCAGCGCAAGAUGCGCAACACCAAGAUCACCCGCAUGUGGUACCGCAAUAAAAGAGAGGCAACUGGCGGUCCAGUAGAGGAGGAAAAUGCCGAGGCCCGGAAAGAAGAGAUUGAGGCACACCAGGCACGUCGGGGCUCUUUCAUAACGGCAAGACUUGGGCUUCAUGUUUUCUUUUCCCCGUGUCGUGAGACGAUCCCACCUUGGUGUGUAUUGAUGCCAGAGGGGAGGCUUCAGAUUCAGAUAAGAAUAGGACGCAAAGUCGGCUCAUCGACAGCCAUCGCGUUACCGAGUUUCAUGGCUCUGCGACUGGCACUCUCAAAUGAGACAUCUAAGGUUAUCGAUGCAAAUUUGCCACACCCAAGGAGCUUUUUGGUACAACAACAGUUUCCCCUUCGACAACUCUGCUCGUACUUUGCCACAUUUCGACUCGAGUCGCUUCGUCUCGUCAUCACUUUCCACUACCCCACCGCAUAUAGAAAGAAGAAGAAUCAGAGGUUUAUUCCAACAGUAGCUUCGAACCGAGCCCACCCCAACGUGUACUGGAUGCAAUGUGCUUCGCGCAUGCUCUCCUCACAUACGGCGGUGAAGAUCCAGCCACUACGUGGCGAAGGCUCGUGCUUUCAUCGUCCUUUUUGCGCAUGCUUAAACGCAUACGCAAAGACAUGA